AUGAUUGAAAAACUAUUCGUCCCAUCUGCAAUACAAGGUUUAAUGAUUAACGAGGAUAAGAUUUCGGUAUUUUACGGAGGUGAUGAUGAUGAUACAAAGGUGCAAAUUCAAAACAAUAUAGGCAUUAACGAGUGUUUAUUUCCGAUUCAGUAUUUGGGGAUUCCAUUAACGGCUAGACAAAUUCAGAUUGUUCAUUGUAGACCGCUCAUUAGGAAAGUCAAGAACGUUAUCAUGGGAUGGGCGGUGAAAAAGCUUUCUUAUGCGGGCAUAAUUGAAUUGGUGGAUAACAUUGUUAUGGGAUUCAUUGGCUAUUGGUCUCAACAGAUUGUCCUCUCGAAGAAAGUUAUGAUUCUUAUGAAAGAGCUUGAGACCUUGAUACAUAAUUUUAUUUGGGGCAGCUAA